UUGAACAGUGCUAUUUAAGAACCUGUUUAUAAUACCUGAAUUCAUCGCUGCAUAACACUUUACCCAUGACAAGGAACUAUGAAUUUCGAAAAACAAUGAAAAGGACAAGUACACAUAUAAUUUUGAUCACAGCAAUUAUUUGUCUUCCACAAGUUUAUACAGCUGAUCCAUGUGACACAACAGAACAUAUAAACGACUGGCAACGAUCUGUAGCAUUUGCAACUGAUACUACACAGAUAUGUGAUAAUAUUUUAGCAGAAGGAUGGUAUAGAGUUACAAGUGAUUCUGGAGAGUUAAUGCCAACAGAAUGUCCAGUAGGAGGAUUAAGAUGUAAUACAGCAAAACCAAUAUAUUUAUAUACUGAUGAUUUACCUGUUGGCGAAGAGGCAUACCCAGCUGUUGGCGUCACAGUUACAAGAACAGCAUAUGCUGCAAACUAUGAUGGUAAUUGUAAACACACGGAAUAUGAAAUCCAAAUAAAAAACUGUGAUGGGUACUAUGUUUAUUUCCUCAAAAGUAUAACGAGCGGAUGUACGUCAGCUUACUGUUUUGGUACACAACUACCAUGUGAAAAUGGCACGACAUCUGAAAAUGGAUUUUCACCAGGAUGUGACACAUUUCCCGAUGUAACAGUGACACCGUUUGUAAAAGUUACUCUUACAGAGACAGAGGCUGUCAAUAAAUUCGAAGUAUUAAUGGUUUACAGUAAGGCAACUUUUGAAUGUCAUGCAAAUGACCUAACAGAUGGAUACAAAUAUAAAACACGAUGGUAUAUCAAUGACAUUGAAAUGAAAGACGCCAAAUUGGAAGGAUUAUCAAAAACAGAUGUGGAGGCUGGCUUAGGUCGUAUGUUAGAAGAACACUGGACAUCGACAUAUAAGCCUAAUAUGAUAGUGAAGUGUGCUAUUCAAGUAGGAGGAGAAGGAUUCGGAACAUAUGGACCGCAACACAAUUCAGAAGUUUUCUUUGCAGGUUUAAAGAUCGACCCAUCAUCUACCACAGAUUACCAAGUUCUAGAGGGAGAAGAGUUAAAUAUACCGGCAGAACUAACUAUGCCUUUAUCAUGCGCCUGGCCAAAAAAUGUACCUCAAAAUGUGAAAGACAAUAUCAGACAAAACGAUUGCAUAUUGGUUCUCUUAAAUGGUGUACCAGAUUAUCAACUAAAUGGGGAAGAGUGCAUCAAUGGAAUAACAAAGGACGGGCUAAUAUUCAAAUCUGAAACAUGUGGUAUUAAGUUUUCUCACAGUAACUGGCAGGAAAAACAAAUGAUUAAAAUAUUGGGCCAAACAGAUCAAAUAGUCAAUAUUGAGGACAGAAUUGUUUUGUUACGAUUGUACAACUCCGAUGAAGUGGAACCUAUAGAACCAAUAUCAUAUUGGAAAAAUAUUCACCUUCCAGAUAUCAAGGUUUAUGUUAAAGACGCAGAUAUUGUGACAUUAGGUAGAAGCUGUUACUCACAAAACGAUCCUCAUAUGAGGACGUUCGACCAGAAAAUUUAUGAACUCCAGCUUCACCAAGGAUUAACAGAAGGCGAAUACAUUAUGUACAAGCACGACCGCUUGCCACUUCAGGUCAGUGCCUACUUUAGGAAGUGCUCUACUUCGAUUCUCUGUAACUGUGGUGUUGCCGUUAGAAGUGGCAACAGUCUAUUUGUUGCAAAUUACUGUGAGACAAAUUAUAAGGGAACACGAAAGAUAAAUCGAUAUAUGACACAAAGAUUGUGUGAUGACCAAAGUCUCACAGUAACAAAAUCGGGGUAUACAUAUGCGAUAACACUCCCCACUGGAACAAAAGUCACAUUUAAUUAUGGUUCUACGUAUGUAGAUGGCAUAAAUAUUAUACCGUCAGUAUUAGACACGGGUAUGACAAAAGGUCUGUGUGGUAUUUACAACGGUAAUGCGAAUGAUGAUUUUAUGCCAAGAGAUCAGCUGGCUCCAGUUACAGAUAUCAAAACUUUUGCUUCAUCAUGGCAAGUUAAAGGUGCUUAUGCAGACGAGACUUUGUUUGACCCUGAAGGGGAGUUAAAAGAGACAAUAUAUAACGGUCAGCAGUAUUGUACAUGUGUAUCGCCUCAUGACGAUUAUCCCCAUGGUAGUCCAGACUUCAACUGUGAAUUGACAGCUGCUAUGAAACCAUGUAGAGAUACAAAAACUGCCUUGGGCGUUUAUACAGCUGACUGUGCAACAGUGGUAGCAGCACGGAAAAAAGAUCAACCUCUUAUAAAGGAAAAGCAGUUCGGAAAAAGAGAUCCACCUCUGAUUAUGAACCACCUUCUUAUCCUAUGGUUUCUGACGAUGAGCCAUCAGAAACAAUUACAGAAGAAUGGCAAAAUGGCUGGACAGAGGCAUCUGCAGGAGAACACUGUACAUAUCAUUUUGAAAAAGCACCGGCUUUUAACGUUUGUUCUGAAUAUGUUCCUUAUGUAGACAAAGCUCCAUUCAUCAAUGGCUGUAUCAAAGAUAUAAAGUCCACUGGUGGAGAUAGUUGGUUGAAAGUCACAAUCAGAAACUUUGCAAGUGUGUGUCUUCAAGAAUCGAAACGACUCGAAAUACUGACGGUCACAAACAGUACAAAUUCUAGUGGUGCAGACAAGCCAAUCGCCUCUAUUAUAGAAGAGUCGACAUGUCCAGAGGAUUGUUCUAACCAUGGACUAUGCAUAAAUGAAGAAUGUCAAUGCAACGAUGGCUAUUAUGGAGAAUCGUGUUCACUAACCACCUCCCAAGCACCUGCAAUUAUUCAAAAUGCAUUUGAAGAUCUAUGUGAUUCAUCAAAGAAACCAUGCAGAACUUUUAUCGUUCCUGGAUAUGACUUCAUCGAUGGAGCAGGCCUUACAUGCAAAUAUAUCUCUAUGUCUCUGAAAUCUAACGGUACUACAACAUUGCUUGUAGAGGGAGACACAUUUACUCAUCCUGGUACUUAUGCAAAUUCAUUUUUUAUGUACUGUAACUUGCCUGGAUCAAGGAAAAAAAGAUCUACUGAUUUCAAUAUAGUUGCCACUGGAUACCGAAUCGCAGUUUCAAACAAUGGAGAAAAUUACACGGACCCACUCAUUAGUAUUGUCUUUGACUCUACGUGCUAUGAAUGUAACACAACAACUCUGUCUUGUGAAAAAUUGACAACUUGUCCUAUUCAAGCUGAAAUGCCUCCAGAAGAAUCAGAGACGAAAAUUUGGAUAAUUGUACCAGUAGUUGCAGCUGUUGUCAUUAUAUUGAUUGUUAUUGCUGUACUCAUCUUUAAAUGGAAACUAAAACCAAAGCAGUCUUAUAUAAGAGAUUCAACAUUAAGUCUGCCAAACACAACACGAAAUAUUGCGCCAAAAUCUCAUUUUCUGACAUCUGAACACAUAUUUCUAUCUGAAAAAUUUCGAUCUGAAUCUGCAACUGACUUCAAUGAAUCCAAGUGUGGUUGGAAGUAGAUGACCUAAAUAACAGAAAGUGCAGUGCAAUUUGCACUAUUGCUGUAUUUUUACCCUAAUGAAUGUGCCAAAAUUAUGAUAUUGAAUAUGAAUGUAUAUGUAUACUCUCUUGUAAAUGUCCGUGAUAUAUAUAUUAUUUAUUAUCAUUAUUGUAGUUUUUAACAGAUAUAUAAUAAAGUAAGAAAAAGAAGAUGUGACGGAAAUACUAUUGACAAAUGUGUUGCUCUAAACCAUCUGGGUAUUGUGUUGUAUCUUGUACCGUUUUCUGUUUAUUUUUCCUGUAUGCUAUACCUGGGCGUUUUUUAUUUUAAAACAAAAUAAGACAAAUUAUAAAAGUUUUAAUGAGCAAACAUAUAUUUUAUAAAAUCAUAUUUCCAAUCAUG